CGACGCCCCGCCCAGUGCCGAGCCCCGCCCCGAGCUGUCGGAGCCCAUGGCGCCUGCGGCGGGGCGCUGGGCCCCCGGCCUGUGGCGGGCCUGCAACUGGCUCAUGGCCGCGUUCUUCGCGCUGGCGGCCUUGGUGCAGGUAAACGACCCAGACGCAGAACUGUGGAUGGUGGUAUACAUGAUACCUGCGAUGCUGAGCCUGCUUGUGGGACUUAAUCCUCUUGUCACCGGCAACUUAAUUUGGAAGAGUGCCUCUGCAAUACACAUAUUCUUUUGUAUCGCGUGGGCUGUCGGCUUGGCCUGCCACCUCUGGCUUCACUCCCGACAGAACAUCUUACAUGAGGAAGAAGGCAGGGAGCUGUUUGGUCUGGUGAUUAUCACAGUAUGGAUGGGCCUAUGUCACAGUUCAUCAAAGAAUCCGGUUGGUGGAAGAAUUCAGCUGGCGACUGCCGUUACAAUCACUCUCCUCCCAUUUAUCUCUUGGAUCUACAUCUACAUAAACAAGGAGAUGCGGUCCUCCUGGCCAACUCACUGCAAGACAGUAAUUUAAAUGAAGUCAAGAAUCCUCUUCUUCAAAUGAGUAUUGUCAAUCAAUUGUUUAUAAACGUGGUUGUAACAAGCCAAUUUCCUAGGAGUUUAUUUAGGUAAUUUGAGCUAAUUUUAGAGGUGAUAAAAAAAAUCCUAAGAACUUUCUGAGGAUGCCUACGACACAGCAUGGGAUUGCAUGGGACCGGUAAGAGACGGGGGUCUGACAUUCAGUUGUCACAGUGUAGUAAAAAAGGCAACAGAACGAAAGUUCAGAAAUGUGAAUUCUAACUCAACAUAUCACUACCUAUAUGCCUUGGGCAAAUAUAUGAACCUCCUGGUGGAUGUCUUCAUCUGUAAAAUAGGAUUAAUACCAGAUCUCCUACUCACUUGUACAGUUGCAAGGAUUAAACUGGAGAAUAUGAGAGCACUCCAGAAAUACCAAAUGCUUGUAAGGGGCUACACAUGAAUGAAACAGAGGAAAGCAGGGUUUGAGUGAUAGGAUAGACACAGAGAUUCAAGAAAGGGCUGUGCCCCUGCACUGAACUCACUCUAUGGGACCAGGGCAGCACCAUGAACUAAAUGGGGAUGCCAAAUGAAUGAGUGUGUCUUAGAGAGGAGAGUUAGGUAGAAUAAAGGAAUUGGGGACCAAAAGGAAAGAGGCAAUAUUAAAUGCACUGCAAAUAAAAAAUAAGACCAAAAUCUGUACACAUUUUUUAAAAAAUGAAUGUCAAAGGUCACCCAGGGGAGAAGACCGUUUUGGAGCUGUACUCUCCAGUGUGUUAACUCUAGUACCAUAACCAUGAUGCAUACACACACACACAACAUGGGAACAUCACUAUGGUGCACACAUAUAUGACAUGAUAACAUCACACAACCAUAACAUGUUGCAUUGAGCACCUGAAAUGUGGCCAGGCUGAGGAAGUAAAAUUCUGCUUUUUCAUUUUAAUUUUAAAACAUGUCAAUUCAAUCAUUAGAAAACUUGUAAGUGUGUGUGGAACGCUUAGGUGUGUUUGGAACAAUUGAAGUAGAUGUGAAUCUACUUCUUUAACUGCAGGUUUCAUAUCUAAAUACAGAUCAAGUAUUUCCAGGGAAAAUGUAAUGUCAAUGGAUGGGUUAUUAAAUAUAAAAUAGAUCCUGGAUUUUAAAGACAUAGUACAAAAAGAAUGUAAAAUAUUCUUACAUUGAUUACAUGUUGAAAUGAUAUUUUAGAUUUGAGUUUAGAUAUUUUAGAGUGUAGAUAUUUUAGAAUUGAGUUUAAUAUAAAAUAUAUCAUUAAAAUUAAUUGUUAUCUGUUUCUAUUUACUUUGUAAAAUGUGACUGCUUUCAAUUACUUCAGUGGCUCACAUCGUAUUUUUGUUGGAUGGCGAUUUUUUUACAUCUACUAGCAUCAAAACACUGGAGUCAAGAUUCCAUUUCAUGAGAUUUAGGAAACACUUCACUCAAAACAUAUUCAUAUAUAUAUAUAUAUCAGGAGAGGGGAAAUAAGUCAGGCCAUUUGUCUAUUUUUACAGCCUUUAAUACAAUAUUACGUAUUCUACAAAUAUUUGUUAAAGGAGGUAUGUAUGGUUUUUGUUUUACGCAAUGGCCACUGGACAGGCAAAAUUCUCUGUUAAGAUUGAGAUGAAGGAAAAGGAGAAAAAAAUCUAGUCGAUAUUAAAACAAAUAACGUGAAAUUUAUUUUAAGGGUCAAUAAAAUACGUAUAAAGGAUUCCGGGGCUCCAGUAUACAUUUAGCUUGCAUGAUGCGUCUGGUUUUUACAUCUUUUAAUGUAACUACUAAAAUCACAUAGGAAAAAAUGGACUC